AUGGCCCCCAUUAAAGAUUAUCAUUUAUCAGAGGGAGAUGUGAUUAAGGAAGAAGAGUCAAAGGGCUGCAACAUCGUUGCCUUUCAAGAUGGCGGAAGAAGGCCAGAAGCCAAAGGAGUGCGAGUGGCUUCAGGAACUGGAAAAGAAUACAUUCCAGACACCUUAAUGGAGGACACAGCCUGCAGUGGACCCUGGCCAAGUAGGGCAGCAGCAGGAGUGCCUCCUGGCAAGGUUUGUCCUGCACAUCUGCACAGCAGCUGGACUGAGCUUCUCCUGGCUCGGUCAGGAUGGCACCUGCAGGGCGGCCUCCUUGGCCCCUUGUAUUCAAAGCCCAGCACUCCAGGGGCAGAACUCAUGUGUUCUGCCUGGGGAACACCAAUUGCGGACAAGAUCUCUCCUACCAACGUCAGCUUGUUUCCACUCUUACCCCUUGCCAGUCCCGAAGCAGUGACACCUCCAUUUCAGCAUCUUGAGGGCAGAGGGUGGGGGCUGGAUUCUGAGCUCUGCAAUAUUUCUAACCCCUUCUACUUCCGGGUCCUCGCUGAUAAAGAAACAGCCAAGGGCCUCGCCGGGUCAAGGGAGAAGGAAAGCUAUAUCCCAACCUUCAGAAGAGGAGAGUUGGCUGCGGACGCUUGCCACGACUCCAUCCCUUCAAUUUACAGGCGGGCACACGCAGGUAUCUGCUGUCAACAGCAGUGGGUCGACACGGAUAAGAAACACCGUGCUCAUCUUUCCGCCGACCCUCUAGGGCUCGAGGAAACAGGCGGUGUAGACACCAGAGGACGGCUGUUUUCUCUGCCAGGGCAGAACGUCCCGCCCCCGCUAAGCCCCGGCGCGCUCGGAGCGCGGGGCCAGGCGGCCGCCCGCACCGUCAGCAUCAGUUCCAGCGGUCCGCUUCCGCGAACUGGCCCGCUGCGGUGCAGGAGCUCCAGGCUGCCCUCCCUCCUUGGCCCAGGGCCGCCCGUCAACGUGCGGAUCACCGUCAGGCUGAGCGUCCGGCCGCCACUCGCGGACGUGCUCGCGCCAGCUGGAUCGCGGCGAGCCCCUGUAGCUGGAGGCAGCGGGAACCGAACUCGCGCCUCCGAGCUCGACUGCGGACGAAUCCUGGGGCCGCGCGCCUCGCGGCAAGCGGCCUCCGUGAGGAGGAGCGCGCGGGCUGCGGGCGGCUGGGGCGCCCCGGGAGCGGCGGCGGCUCUAGCAGAGGCGGCCGUGACAGCGGAAGGUUCUCUCUCCGGGGCUGGACUUAAUAACUUUGGAACUGUCCACCGGUGUCACGUCCUGAACAUGAGCCUCCUCCUCUCCUUCUACCUGCUCGGGUUGCUUGUCAGUAGCGGGCAAGCUCUUCUUCAAGUGACAAUUUCACUUAGCAAAGUAGAGCUUAGUGUGGGUGAAUCUAAAUUCUUCACAUGUACAGCAAUUGGUGAACCUGAGAGUAUAGAUUGGUAUAAUCCUCAAGGAGAGAAGAUAAUUUCAACACAGAGGGUAUCAGUGCAAAAGGAAGGUAUUAGGUCACGAUUAACCAUCUACAACGCAAAUAUAGAAGAUGCAGGGAUAUAUCGUUGUCAAGCAACAGAUGCCAAAGGACAGACACAAGAAGCUACAGUUGUUUUGGAAAUUUACCAAAAACUCACUUUCAGAGAAGUGGUAUCUCCUCAAGAGUUCAAACAAGGAGAGAAUGCAGAAGUGGUCUGCCGAGUCAGCAGUUCGCCUGCACCUGUUGUCAGCUGGUUGUACCAUAAUGAGGAAGUCACCGCCAUUUCCGACAAUCGGUUUGCUGUGUUAGCCAAUAAUAAUCUGCAGAUUCUCAACAUCAAUAAAAGUGAUGAAGGUAUAUACAGGUGUGAAGGAAGAGUGGAGGCUAGGGGAGAAAUUGACUUCCGUGAUAUCAUUGUUAUUGUUAAUGUGCCACCAGCAAUCACAAUGCCUCAGAAAUCCUUUAAUGCCACAGCAGAGAGAGGAGAAGAGAUGACAUUUUCCUGCAGGGCCUCUGGCUCUCCUGAGCCAACCAUCUCCUGGUACAGGAAUGGCAAGUUCAUUGAAGAAAAUGAAAAAUACAUACUGAAAGGAAGCAAUACAGAACUCACUGUCAGGAACAUAAUCAAUACUGAUGGGGGCCCUUAUGUCUGCAGGGCCACAAAUAAGGCAGGAGAAGAUGAAAAGCAGGCACUCCUCCAAGUCUUUGUACAGCCUCACAUAAUACAGCUUAAAAAUGAAACUACAUAUGAGAAUGGUCAAGUCACACUCAUAUGUGAAGCAGAAGGGGAGCCUGUUCCAGAAAUCACUUGGAAAAGAGCAGUGGAUGGCAUGACUUUUUCUGAAGGCGAUAAGAGCCCAGAUGGCCGUAUCGAAGUCAAAGGACAGCACGGAAGCUCAUCCCUGCAUAUUGCAGAUGUGAAGUUGUCAGAUUCAGGGAGAUAUGACUGUGAAGCUGCAAGUAGAAUUGGAGGGCAUCAAAAGAGCAUGUACCUUGAUAUUGAAUAUGCUCCCAAGUUCAUUUCAAACCAAACAAUUUAUUACUCUUGGGAAGGAAAUCCAAUCAAUAUAAGCUGUGAUGUGAAGUCUAAUCCACCAGCAUCAGUCCAUUGGAGAAGAGAGAAAUUAGUGUUGCCAGCUAAAAACACCACUAAUUUAAAGACAUAUAGUGCAGGAAGAAAAAUAAUAUUAGAGAUUGCACCUACAUCUGACAAUGACUUUGGGCGAUAUAAUUGCACAGCCACUAACCGUAUAGGAACAAGAUUUCAAGAAUAUAUUCUUGCUUUGGCUGAUGUGCCAUCCAGCCCCUAUGGAGUGAAGAUUAUAGAGCUGUCACAGACUACAGCCAAGGUUUCUUUCAGCAAGCCGGACUCCCAUGGAGGUGUGCCUAUUAAUCACUAUCAAGUGGAUGUCAAAGAAGUGGCAUCAGAAACCUGGAAAAUAGUACGCUCCCAUGGAGUUCAAACAAUGGUUGUUUUGAGCAACCUGGAACCAAAUACAACUUAUGAAAUCAGGGUUGCAGCUGUAAAUGGAAAAGGACAAGGAGACUACAGUAAAAUAGAAAUUUUCCAAACAUUACCAGUUCGUGAACCAAGUCCUCCAUCAAUACAUGGACAGCCAAGCAGUGGGAAGAGCUUUAAACUCAGUAUCACCAAACAAGAUGAUGGAGGGGCCCCUAUUUUGGAAUACAUUGUAAAAUAUAGAAGUAAAGAUAAAGAAGACCAGUGGCUAGAGAAAAAAGUGCAGGGAAAUAAAGACCACAUUAUUUUGGAGCAUCUACAGUGGACUAUGGGGUAUGAAGUUCAAAUUACAGCUGCCAAUAGAUUGGGAUAUUCAGAACCAACAGUCUAUGAGUUCAGCAUGCCACCAAAGCCCAACAUUAUUAAAGACACGCUUUUUAAUGGUCUUGGGCUUGGAGCGGUCAUUGGUCUGGGAGUCGCUGCACUCUUGCUAAUCCUUGUGGUAACAGACGUCAGUUGCUUCUUUAUUCGACAAUGUGGGUUAUUGAUGUGCAUCACCAGGAGGAUGUGUGGGAAGAAAAGUGGCUCCAGUGGUAAAAGUAAAGAACUAGAAGAAGGGAAAGCUGCAUACCUGAAAGAUGGAUCAAAAGAACCAAUAGUGGAGAUGAGAACAGAGGAUGAAAGAAUUACUAAUCAUGAAGAUGGGAGCCCAGUAAAUGAACCAAAUGAAACCACACCACUAACAGAACCUGAAAAAUUGCCUUUAAAAGAAGAAAAUGGGAAAGAAGUCCUAAAUCCAGAAACUAUAGAAAUUAAGGUUUCUAACGACAUCAUUCAGUCAAAAGAAGAUGACAGCAAAGCAUAA